UUUAUAAACAAUCAACUUAUUUGUGGUCUUUAUUAUAGAAUCAACAUCUGUACCAGUAGCAGUGAACUAACCACCAUGAACAAUUUUAUCUGAGUAAUGAAAAUAAUUUUUCAAUGAACGUGAUGUCAUAGAUGCGGAGUAAACAAUAGUAAUAAUUAACAAUUGUCUCCUAUUUUGUGCCAUACCCUACUUAAAUGUAACUCAACUCAGCAUGAAUGAUGUUUUUUUGCUGACUCUUCUAUUAUUAUUUAAAUUUUAUCUUAUAAAUUAGAUAUGUGGUUAGUGUUUAUCAUCCAGUGCUGUGCACUGGGAAUUGCACAGGAGAUUCAGAACGUAAAUAAUUAUCAACCAGAUGAAUAUGCAACAAAUGACCAAGUGAAUAAUGCAAACAAUCACCACCCAAACACAUACAAUAAUGCAGAUUUCAACACAAAUAGGUAUGUGGGAAAUCAGGGAUAUUACGAGGAACUAAAGUGCCCAGAACAUUGGUACCAGUUCCAAGAUUCAUGCUACAGAUUCAUUAAAUCACCUUUGAAGGCGUAUUCUGAUGCAAAGAGAAUUUGUCAGGCAUACUCUGUGAAUGUUGGGGGGUGUGACCUCGUGUCAAUAUCAUCCCCAGAAGAACAUGGUUUCAUCAUCCAACAUUUGAACUGGAUUGAUCCACAGCACAGGAGAUGGUACAUUGGAGCAAACCAACAAGGUGGAAACUAUUAUUCAAACCCAGACGGUAAACCGUUUAUAAACGUAGAAAAUGCUAUUUUACCAGUUGAAAACCCUUAUGGUAAAGAUUAUUUGGCGUAUAACUUCUCUAGAACACUGAUGCAUUGGGCAUUCCAACCAGUUAGGGGAGAUGAGCCUUUAUUAUAUAUUUGUGAGGCCCACAUCCAGGCUGUACAAAGACUAGUUACUGAGGAGAGGAACUAUACUUAUGGUAUUGAUGUUCUUAAUCCAGAAAGAAUCCCUAGGGGGCCCUAUUUUAUUAAGCAACCAGUUGAUGUCACCUUUGACACAUCUAAAAGGAAGCUAUACAAUGAUAUUAGCUUAAGUUGUUUAGCUGGUGGUUACCCCACUCCCACCUACGAGUGGUUCAGGGAGAGUUACGAAAAUGACAGACUAAUUGCGAGGAAAAUAGAUCCUCUGGUAGAUGAUCGUUACACUACAAGUGGAGGAAUGUUGAUCAUAAAUAACCCCCUACAAAAACUAGAUCACGCAACUUACCAUUGCAAAGCAUCGAACAAAUUUGGGACAAUAAUCUCGGAAAGUGUCCAGUUAAAUUUCGGUUUCAUCCUCGAAUUCGUUUUGAAACGUUCACCUGAGUCGGGCGACCAAAAUUGGGGUAAAUCCAUCUAUUGUGACCCCCCAAAUCACUUCCCUUCAGUCACAUAUUCAUGGUCCAGGGACUACUUUCCUAAUUUCGUCGAAGAAGAUAGAAGGGUUUUCGUGUCCAAUGAUGGAGCUUUGUACUUCUCAGCUUUGGAAACCAUCGACAGGGCUAACUACAGUUGUAGCGUCCAAUCUGAGUUCUCCGAUUCUGGGAGGAAUGGCCCGUUUUUCCCGUUGAGGGUUAACCCCCACUCCAACUAUCAGCAGUUGAAGUUCCCCAAUAACUUCCCUAAGGCUUUUCCAGAAGCUCCCACGGCCGGAAAAGAUGUAAGACUCGAGUGUGUAGCCUUUGGAUACCCUGUACCAAGCUACAACUGGACCAGAAGAAACGGAAACCUCCCUAGAAACGCCUAUUUAACCAGCUUCAACAGGGUGUUGAUGAUUCCCAAAGUGCAAGUAGAAGACGAAGGCGAAUACGUAUGUCGAGCAUACAACGACAGAACCAGCACCGAACACAGCGUCGUCCUAAACAUCCAAGCCGAGCCCAAUUUCACAAUCCCGUUGACUGACAAGCACAUCGACAAAAAGGGUCAACUGGUUUGGACCUGUGAAGCUUUCGGAAUACCCGACGUAAACUAUACGUGGUGGAAGAACGGUCGACAAUUAGUCAUGGGGUAUCUCGAACGUGGAGAUGCCGGUCGAAUUAAAAUUCAGGACAAUGUUUUGACAAUCAGCUAUCUGGACGACGAAAGGGACCCGGGAAUGUACCAAUGUAGGGCUUCGAAUUCUUUAAAAACUACGUAUUCUUCCGCCCAGUUACGAGUCUUAGCCUUUAAACCGUCGUUCAAGAAGCGUCCUUUGGAAUCAGAAACGUACGCGGCGGAACAAGGUAACGUCACUUUAAGAUGUAAUCCCGAAGCUGCUCCUCGACCUCAAUUCAUCUGGCUUAAGGAUGGAAAUCAAAUAGCAUCAGGAGGCCACAGAAAAAUUUACGAAAACGGCAAUUUAUUAAUCAGUCCGGUGUCUAGAGACGACGAAGGAGUCUACACUUGUCGAGCUUCCAACGAAUUGGGCACUGACGAGUCCAAAGGAAGGUUGAUUGUAUUACGUGGACCCCGACUAGUGGAACAACUUAGCCCUAGAAUAAUAGCAAACGUUGGUGCCAACAUCGAUUUACGUUGCUAUGCUGUCACUGAUGAAAUGCUGGACGUUGCCUACAUUUGGACUCACAAUGGAAUGACAAUCAGAGACAUAGACGUUCAAAAUUCGUACAACAGAUUGAAAGUUGAUGGCGGUUACUUGAGGAUCAUCAACGCAACCUUCUCGGAUGCAGGAGAGUACAAAUGUAUAGUAAAAUCAGCUGUAGGUAGAAUCUUCUCCAAAUCGGAUGUGAUCAUUGAAGGUCCACCAGGACCUCCUGGCGGCGUUGAAAUCGUCAGCAUACAAAAGAACUCUGCGACCUUAAGGUGGACAGAUGGAGCCAACCAUGGAUCACCAAUUCAGUACUACAUAAUCAGUGGAAGAACUUUGUGGAACAAUACGUGGGUGAACAUUUCAGAAGGAAUUGACGCGAGGGAAAUUGACCGGUACACUGGAAGGAAGGAAACCACCAUAGAGAAUACAAGCAGCAAUUGGCUGACACCUUGGUCCGUAUAUGAGUUCAGAGUGGCAGCCAUUAAUGCCUUGGGAGUUGGUCCACCAUCAGCUCCAAGUCCAAGACAAUCAACACCUGCCGACAGGCCUUAUAUUGCUCCAAAGAACAUUGGAGGUGGAGGCGGCAAAAUUGGUGACCUCACAAUCACUUGGACACCACUAAGAUCCGACGAACAAAACGGAAAGGGCAUCCAUUACAAGAUAUAUUGGAAACGAAAGGACCAUGAAACAGAAUUCCAAAGCAAAACCCUGAAGGAAUUCGGCAAUAAUGGAAAAGCUGUAGUCCACAUCCCCAUGGAGUUCUAUUACACUGAAUACGUAGUAAAAGUUCAAGCCAUAAACGACAUUGGCCCAGGCCCCAUUAGCCACGAAGUUAUCAUUUAUUCAGCGGAAGACAUGCCUCAGGCAGCACCGCAAUUAGUAGUAGCCAGAUCCUACAAUUCUACAGCAUUGAACGUCAGUUGGGUGCCAAUUUCUGAGACCAGGGAACAAAUCCGAGGCAAACUCAUUGGACACAGGCUUAAAUAUUGGAAGAAGGACACCAAUGAACAAGACAGCGUUUAUUAUCUUUCAAGAACUACAAGACCUUGGGCCAUUAUCGUCGGCUUACAACCUGACACUUACUACUUCGUCAAAGUUAUGGCCUAUAAUGCUGCCGGAGAAGGCCCGGAAAGCGAAAGGUAUUUGGAACGUACCUACAGGAAGGCACCUCAAAAACCCCCGUCGUCCGUUCACAUUUUCGCCAAGGAUCCUUCCACUGUCAAAGUUGUGUGGCGGUACGUUCAGCCGUCAUUGGAGGAAGAACCCUUGCAAGGAUACAAGAUUCGUGUUUGGGAAAUGGACCAGGAUUUGAGUACUGCCAAUGACACAAUCGUACCGUUCGGUGGUAAAUUGGAGGGGUAUGUACGCAACCUUUCUCCAGGGAAGGCUUACAAACUUCGUGUUCUUGCUUUUUCCAAUGGUGGCGAUGGAAGAAUGAGUUCACCCGAACUCACGUUCCAAAUGGGUGAUCCAAAACAUUACAGAAGUUGAUCUCAAGGUGCUGCUAUGAAUCUCUUAGUGUUAAUUGUUACAAUGUGCCUUAGUGUAUGCAAUAAUACUAAAAUAAGUGUGAUCAAUCAUUUUAUUAGAGAUUUAAUUACAGAUUUAAAGAAUGA